AUGUCGACAUCUGAUCAUCCAGAGGCAGAUGGUCGGACGGGAAGAGCCAAUCGUGUCCUCGAAGAGAUACUUCGAGGAUACGUACACUCCUUUAAGAGUUGGAGUGAGUUUUUGCCAAUAGUAGAGUUUGCCAUCAACAACUCGGUGCAUGCGUCCACGACACAUACACCGUUUUACGUGAAUGGCUUGCGCCAUCCGCGUGUACCCACCUUACUAGAGUGUAACUCUGGUUUAAGGGGGGGAGGGACUCGCGCGAGCAAAAACCGAUUUGGUCCACGCUCAUCACGCUCGGACGAUGAGGUCAUUGCGUUUGAUGCCAAUAUCGAUAGCAUCGAUAUCGAAGAAGAUGAUGCCAGUGAGAGCGCGGAAGCCCUCACUGAAGAAAAGAUUGAUGUUGCUGCAGUGCACUUCGGCGCACUGAAGCUAACGAGUCAGCAGAUGAGUUCAUACUGGCUCGUGAAACGGUAG